AUGUCUGGGCGAGAGCAGCUGAAUCCGGGGGAGCUGGCUCAAUGCGAUGCCAUGACGCGAACCCUCACGAUCCGCCGCCGAGCCCGACUAUGUGAGCGAGACAGCCUGCAGGAGCCGCCUCACAUCGAGGUGGCACGGGCUCUGUGGAAGAACAACAACUGCCACGGCGGUAACGACUACCGGAUCCCCCCCGACCCGAACCGCGACACGCAGCUGGUGUGGGAGCAGGGCUGCCGCGAGUUCACGGCGCUGAUGGGCCGGGCGGCGCAGGACGAGAUGGCGUGGUUCCACCGGACGACAACCUCGGGCACGGGCAGCGGCACGGGCACGGGCAGCGGCACGGGCACGGACGAGGAGCGACAGGCGCAGGUGGCGGGCGAGUUGGUGGUGGCGAUGCCUGCGACUUCGUGGGACUUCCACGUGUACCGCAUCGUGUACUUCGCGGGCAAGCUGGCGCGGUUCUACCAGAGCGAGUGGGAGGUGGUGGACGCGGGUUCGCGGGCCGUGGCGACGGCGCUCGAGGCGGAGCGCGUCAGCCUCGCCUUCUGGCUGGCGGUGCUGCUCGAUAGGCGGCAGCCGCACUGGCCGCGCGUGCGCAUCGUGGCGCAGCGGCUGCUGGGCGAGCUGGGCGACUUCGGCGGCAAGCUCGAGACGGUCAAGAACCGCUUCGACGGGCUGGUCGAGAUCGACGACCACUCGCUCCUCAUCGACGCGACGGUCAACGACAGUUUCCUGGGUGUCGUGCGGGAGACGGGCAGCCGGCCCGCGGCCAUCUUCCGCGUUGUGAUGGCCUGGGACGACGGCUUCGAGCAGCUGCCGCCCGUGGGCCUGGCAGACCUCCACCUGCCGCUUCUGCGGGCAGACACGGACACCAAGAACUGGGCCGUGUCCAGGAGGCAUAUCGACCGCACGGUGCCGGACUGGCUCAGCGCCAACUACACGAUCGCGUAUCGUGCCCAGCCCCGCGGCUUCAUGAGCUUGGUCAACCCAACGCUCUAUAUACGGAAGUGA